AUGUUUUCAGCUUUAAUUACUAAACCUAAAGUGACGAACAUUGAAAACUACAUUCGUCUGUUUUCAACUACAUCCAUUGUUUAUUCAAAGCGAUCUAGUCUUCGUAAACCAAAUAUCAGCUCAUUAACAAAGCAUUUAAAACCUGAUGGACUCAAUGGUCGUCAACGUCGUGAUCGUUUAAGAGAAUCGCUUAAAUCAAAGAAUUCAUCCAAUGCACCUUAUAUCCCUGUUAAAAGACGGCUGGAAAAAAUCCAAAAUGAUUCCUCUGCACUUUUAAAAAGGAAUUCUCGAGAAGCUAGUUCCAUCUUGGAAAACCACCAGCAAGUUACUAGCAACGUUAAGCAGCUUUCGGCAUUUCUUGCUAAUCGUCAGUUUGAUGAUCUAGGAUUAUCUGAAAAAACUCUUUUAGCUGUAAGGACCAUUCUUGAAACAAAAAAUGUAAAAGACCCUAAACCAACUGAGAUCCAAGCACUAGCGAUACCCCAAAUCAUCGAUCAUCGUAAAAGGCACCUAUUAGUAGCAGCUGAAACAGGAUCAGGAAAGACAUUAACCUAUUUAUUACCCAUUAUUGAUAUGCUAAAGGCUGAUGAAAUGAAAAAGGUUCCUGUAAAGAGAAGACUUGAUCACCCACGUGCGAUCAUUUUAGUCCCUACACGAGAAUUAGUGAAUCAGGUUGUGAAGACUUGCAAAUCAUUAAGUCAUAUUAUAAAAUUUCGAGCUGUAGGGUUUGGGGGUCGUACAUCCAGAGGUCUAGUAGCUGAAACAUUAGAAAGUAGCCCUGUUGAUAUAUUAGUUACGACACCUACAACAUUGAUUUCAUAUCAAAAAGAAAAAAUUAUUUCAUUGAUAGAUACAAGAUAUUUAAUUAUUGAUGAAGCUGACUCAUUAUUUGAUGGAGGCUGGGGUGAAGAGUGCCAACAGAUUAUUCAAAAUAUACAAAAGAUAACCGAAAGAUCAAAGACUUCUGAAAAGAUCAUUAUCGUUUCAGCAACUUUGCCGCGUUCUGUAAAUAACACUUUAGAUCACCUUUUCCCACAAUUAAACAAGAUAACAACGCCUUCAUUACAUAAAGCAUUACCCAAUUUAAAGCAAUCCUUUGUUGAUCUUCAACGCUUUCAGGGCAAUCGACAGUUAGCAUUAUUAGAGGUUCUAAAGAAGAACAUAAAGGAUGAUAAAACUUUAAUAUUUUGUAAUACUAAAAAGUCCGUGGAGCUCCUACAUAAAUUCUUAGAAACCAAGAAUAUAAAGGCUUUAGCUUUGUACAAAGAUGCUCCUAUGAAUAGAUCAGAGGCCUUAGAAUUAUUUUCAAAACUGAACGAGGAAGGUGAUGAAUCUAAUUAUAAGAUAUUAAUUAGUACAGACAUUGCUUCGCGUGGUAUUGAUACAACAUUUGUGGAUCACGUUAUCUUAUUUGACUUUCCUACCUCUGUAGUGGAUUAUUUACAUCGCGUAGGUCGAGCAGCUCGAGCUGGUCAGGUUGGCAAGGCGACUUCGCUUAUUGGCCGUAAAGAUAGAAUGAUGGCAGAUCGUAUUAAGAGAUCAAUUCGUGAUGGAGCUAUUAUGACUUAG